GCUAUGGCAAUUGAGUAAUCAAAGAUGUCGUCCACCAAGAGUUCGGUUGGUCGUGAUGUUGAAGCGAGGGAAUAUCUCGAAGAGCAUCGUGUUUUGGAACUUUUCAAUAACAUGACUUCUCAGCUGAUAUACAACAGACCUGAAAAUCCAAAGAAGUAUAUGAUAGAAUUGCUUGAAAAGCUGCAGAGAUCCAGGGCAACAAAGCAUGACUAUCCUUGUCUGUUUGAUGACACUAACAUCCAGUCAGUGUACAACAUGCUGGAUCCUACAAAUAGAGGAUUUAUCACAAUGCAACAGUAUAAAGAAGCUAUGACAACUCUUGGUAUAUCACCUGUGGAGGAGAAUAUUGAAGGUGCAAAUGAAGACAAAAUCAACUUUGAUGUAUUCUUAUCACAAGCGAGAACUGGCCUAAGUAAAGCAUCAGCAACAUUUAAAGAAGCAUAGUGUUCUUAAGUGACAUUAAAAUCAACUCACACAUUGUACAUAUAUUGUAAAUAUUAAAUACUCAUUUAUAUCACA